AUGGUCAUAUCCUAUGCAGCAACCUCAUCACUCCCAUCCCAUUCUCAACCUCUUAUUCUCACCCUCCCGUUCUCGCUCUCCCAACCUAACCCUCCCAAUUUAAACCUCCCAAUCCAACCCUGCCAUUUCUCACCCUCCCAUUCUCACCCUUUCUCACCCUCUCAUUUCGACCUCCCAAUGUCACCCUCCUCUUCUCACCCUCCCUUUCUCACCCUCAUUUUAUCAACCUCCCAUUCUCACCCUCCUCUUCUCACCCUCCCUUUCUCACCCUCCCAUUCUCACCCUCCCUUUCUCACCUUCCCAUUGUCAACCUCGCUUUCACACCCUCCUCUUCUCACCCUCCCAUCCCCACCCUUCCCAUCCCCACCCUUCCCAUCCUCACCCUUCACAUCCUCACCCUUCCCAUCCUCACCCUUCCCAUCCUCACCUGUCCAGCUUUCAGGCCGGAGUGGUCUCAACCUUUGCGGCCAGCAAUUUGGGUCGCCCCAACCCCAUGAGCAUGUUGGGUACUUCCUCGAGUGCUUCUUCCUUUUUCCCUUCUCACCCUGCCCAUUCCCACCUUUCCCAUUCCCACCCUUCCCAAUUUCAUCCUGUCUAUCCCCAACCUCCCAUUCUCACCUUUCCAUCCUCCAGGCCGGAGUGGUCACGGCCUUUGCAGCCGGCAAUGAGGGCCGCCCCAACCCCAUGAGCAUAUGGGGCACUCUCUCGAGUGCCUCUCCCUUCUACCUCACAGUGGGAGCAAGUGCCUCUCCCUUCUACCUCACAGUGGGAGCAAGGUACGGCUGGAGUGAGGGGGGUGCGGAGGGUGGCGGUGUUUCUGAGAUGACUCAGAACACAGCCGGCAACAAUGGUCGCCCCAACCCCAUGAGCAUGUGGGGCACUCUUUCGAGUGCCUCUCCCUUCUACCUCACAGUGGGAGCAAGCACCAUCGGUCGAAAGUACACGGCUGAGUUCACCUUGGGCGAUGGAACCACCUUCACAGGAUACAGCCUCGGCGGCACCACUGCCACAGCGUCGCCUUUGCCGCUCAUGCUUGCCGGGUCUGCUGCGUCCCCUCCCGAAGCCACGGGCGCGGCUUCCACCUGCGACCCUGAAUACAUAGAUGCAACGAAAGUCGCCGGCAAGUUUCUUGUCUGCAUUGUGACGGAGUGGGUGCACAGGGAGUGGAGCUAUGACGCGGUGCUCAUGUGGGCAGACACGCUGGGAGCGGCUGCCAUACUCGUUAUAAGCGAGGCAGCGGAGUACGACGCGGUUCCUAUCUUCUCCUACUCGAAGACUCCUAGCAUCGUGUUGAACCCCACAGCGACGCUGUCCGCUUUCACCGUCUCCCACUCCUCCAACGCCCCUCAGCUCGCUUACUUCUCCUCAACCGGUCCCCCACGUAGCCCGCUCUACCCUCCUGCGCUACUCAUGCGCGACUUCCCCACUAAUGACAUCCUUAAACCGGACGUCAUUGGGCCUGGUUACCAGCUAUGGGCCGCGGCUCCGGGUAAGUCACUCGAGACUGCUGCGACCGACCCGCCCGAGUUUAACUACUACUCCGGGACGUCAAUGUCGACGCCGCAUUUGGCGGGGAUCAUGGCGCUGAUCGUGCAGAACAAGCCGAGCUGGUCCCCCUCGCAGGGACCCGAUAAGAACGAAGAAGCGAUUCUGGCGUAUGGGAAAGGCGCAUCCGAUUUCCCCUUGGAACCUCAACCGCGCCUCGAUAGCGGUAACUCGACUGCAUGGCGUGACGGUAGUGUAUAG